AUGGAAGAAUGGGAAGAGCUAGAGAGCGAGCUAGAGUACAUGAAGGAGUUAGUGACACAAUUAAGCUUGGAGAGAGGCAACUUUGCAGAGGAUUUCAAAGGAGAGAGCUCCACGUGGGAUGACAAGGUCCAACAGCUCUUGGAGCAGAUAAGCCUACUGAGUGAGGAGAAUGAACAAGAGGGGAGGCAGGUUUUUCAGCUAGAGACAAACCUGGUGGAAAUUAGAAGGCAGUUGGCAGAACUGCUGCCUCCACAGCCAUCUGCAGGGUCAUCUCAGGCUGAGCUGCAGCUGCAGGCUGAGGCACACCAGUUACAGAAGGAGCUACAGAACAUGGAGGAACAACUUUACAUCCAAAUGCAGGAAAACCAGAUCCUCAGUCUCCAGAAUCUGGAGCAGCAGGAGCAGCUGUGGUUUCUUGACCAGCAGGCUGGGGAGCAGCAUGACCAGAACCUGGCCCAUCUUCAGAACCUCAGGGCCACCUGUGAACAGCACAGAGUCUCCAAUCAGCAACUGACCUCAGAGAAGGAGAAACUGCAGCAGCACCUGCUGAGACAGACCCAGCUGCUGGAGCAGCUGGAGCAGGAGCAGGUACAGAGCAGGUUGGAGGAACAGAUGGCCAAUCAAAAGUUACAGGACACUCUGAAGUGCAUAGAAGCUACCAGACAUCAGAACAAGCAGCUGCGGACCCAGUUGAGCUUCCUAGCUUUCCCUCAGGAAAGUGAAGGAGUGGGCAAAGGAGAAGAGGAUGAGGAGGUGACUCCAUCUGAUGUGACUGUCCCAGAGGACAUAGACAACCCACAAACCAUGUGGGAAUUUUACCUUGAAGCACUAUCAGUUGCUGAAUUAAAGAAGAUGAAACUCAGCCAGCAGCUGCAGGAGCAUCAGGCCCGCUGUAGGUGCCUGGCCAACCUGGCAGCCCAGUUUCAGACAAAGCUGGGGCUCCAGGCCAUCUCCCCCAAGACCUGGAACCAUGGAGUGUCUACAGAGAGGAAGCAGGAUGAACAGGCACCCAAGAAGCUAAGAAUCUUCUUCACCCAGAACCUCCCCGGCAAGGUAGACUACCAGAAGCUAUCGGAUGACCUCCAACAUCAAUGCAGCCAGCUCUCAGAACACGUGACCACCCUUGAAGAGUCCAUCGUAUUCUAUAAGGCACAGAUGGAAGUUCUGGAUGAGCUGUAUCAGGAGAAAGUCAACUGUGUCAGGUGGCUGACACACGAGAAGAGGGAAAAGAAGAAGGAGCUGCAGGAGCUGCUGUUUUACCUUACAGAUGAGGGCACAGAGUGCCAAUACCAGAUCUGGACAGCCACCCAGGCCCCUGCUGCUGAGGCCUCCCCAGACCGCCUAGGCACUACAAUCAUGGAAGGUUUGGAGGAAUGGCAAGAUUUUGAAGAGGUUAAGCUUGAAGACAACCUAGAGCCUGUCCAAGGAAAGGCUAGGGUGCCCCACAAGGACCCCACUACAGAAUAG